AUGUCUAGAGUACAACCAAAAAUACCUAAUAGACGAGUCAGUUCUGCUUGCAGCAACUGUAAAAAGGGGAAGUGCAAGUGUUCUGGUCCGCCAGCACCUUGUGAAUCGUGCGCGAGGAAGGGCCGCGAAUGUGUAUUCGAAAUUGCCCUCGAUGGCAGACGGAAAGAAUCUGCGAAAACCGCCCUGGACGCGGUAAAAGCCAAACAUGGAGCCUUGGAGUCUCUUUUCAAUUGCUUGCAGUCCGGAAACGAUGAAGCUGUGUCCUCUCUGGUAAGUGCGAUUCGAAAGGGGUCUGCACUCCCGGACUUGGAGAAAGUGGUGGAAGAACAUCAGAGCAUUUCCAUUGUUGGGGCGAAGGAAAGGGAAGUGAUCGCCGGCCCCUCAACCAUCCAACAACAAGCGACAGAAGACCCCGAAGAAGUCGACGAUGACAUGGAUAUCUACGAAGCUUAUUAA